AUGUGGCUCACGUCUUGGUUGUUUCAGGUUUUGGUCCUAAAGUAAGUGGAUCGUUAUAGCGGGGUGAUAAAAGGGGUUAUUAUGUUCUGUCAUCACGUUCUUUUCACCAGUAUUGACGUAUCUAUGACAUGUUUUUGAAAAUAAUGUGUUGAAUGGUUCUAAGUAGCUACAAGAAGGAGAUCAAAGAAAUAAAAUUACUGUAAAAUAAGAUAACACAUAUAUUUUUUGACCCCUGAUCUUUAAAGUUACCUAUUUUAAGUCAAAAAUUAAUUCAAAAUUUAUAAUUUUGAGUUUGUAGGCUCAAUAGUAUCAGUAGCAUGCCAUUUUCAGAUGCUGUGCAACCAACUUUGUCCGCAAACACAUGAAGAAUCUGUAUCCUCCGAAACAGCCUUCGAAUGGGCCAGUACCAGUAAAGGUUGGUAUGUACAUAGAAAGCAUAGGAUCGUUUCAAUCCAGUCAAAUGUCAUUUGAUGCUGACUUUUACUUGUAUAUGUCAUGGAAAGAUACCAAUCUCAGUCAUUCGAUGGGACACUAUCAGUCAGUUACUGAUUUGGAGAUACUGAAGACUAUAUGGUAUGUAUCUACUGGCGGUAAUAUGUAGCUAAUAACUUAAAUCAAUGAUAGUAACUUUGACUUUACUAUUUUACCUUACAGGAUACCAGACCUGUAUCUCUCAAACUCUCGUAUCUCCAGUUUUCACGACGUUUUAGUGCCAAACUUUAGUUUAUUUAUUGAUGAGAAUGGCCAUAUUGCUUAUUCAGGACGGUAAGUCAACCAAAAACAAUAUUCAUUGUUGUUUUACAGAAUAACAGCUACUGUUUCGUGCAACUUUGACCUUGAAAACUACCCCAUGGACCGACAAAUGUGCAAUUUAAAGAUUGUUAGUUGUAAGUUUUGGCAUAUUUUUGGACGAAAGGUAUAUGUUGGUACCGCAUAUUGCAAUAUGUAUGACUUAAAAUUAUGUUUUCUACACUUUUACUAUGAAGCCUUUAAGUCAAAACACAUAACUAAAAUACUAUAAUUUGUUUACAAUGUACUAAAAAACCUCCAGACGCCUACAUAGCAUCGCAAGUCAACAUAACAUGGUUCGACGAGGAUGCCAUCAGAUAUAGCAGCCACAUACACAUGCCCGAGUUCUACAUCGAGAAGAUAUUCGAUACACAAUGCGAUGGCACCUACAGAUAUGCCAUAAUGGAAGAGACAUAUCGAGAAGCGCCAUUCAGCUGCCUGUCGACCAACAUAUUACUCAAGAGAAGCGCUGCAUAUCACGUAGUACAGAGUUAUCUGCCGUCCGCGUUAAUCGUCAUGAUAUCUUGGGUGUCGUUUUGGAUUGGUAAGUGUUUCGUAUUUUAAAUAUACUUAUGGUAUAAUAAAGCUUUUAGGUCAAGAAUGAUAUAUUUGUAUUUAGAUAGAAGAGCCGUACAUGCAAGAAUUACCUUAUGGUUUACUACGCUACUUUCACUUUUCACUUUGGUAAGUUAUUUUCGAAAUCAACAUACUUUUCAAUGACUUUAAUAUACAAGGCUUUCCAAAUGUACUAUAAUGUAAAAAUUUUAGCAUAUGGGUGUAAAGAAUGGUCUGCCGGAGUCGUCAUCAGUAAAAGCAUUGGAUUGGUGGUUCGGAGUAUGUAUGAUCAUGGUGUUCUGCACGUUAGUAGAGCUCGCAAUAGUCAAUACCUACAUGAGAAAAGCUGACAAAUACGAAAGAAUGGCCCAGUCAUUAGCUAGGGAAUCUGGUAUGCCAUUUAAAUUUAAAUAUGACAAAUUUUAAAACUAUUUUGUCCUUAAAGAUAUAAAAUUGAAAAGUUGACAAAACCACAAACCGUAAUAUGAAAAAUGUCUUACUAUACUCAAUGAUCCAUUAUUUUUUUGCAUGGUAUUUUGCUAAUAGUUUACAAAUAUGUUCUUGCAGUGACACGUAAUCCGUCUGUAUCUUCCCUAUCAAGUAUGAACAGCGAAAACGAUGAUCCGAAAGCAAUAUUCAGAUUAACCAUUUCUUAUUAUGCUGACAACAAGGAUAACAUGGAAGGAGACUUUGAAAGUCCACGGCUACAAGAACUUCAGAUUGGCCUAGAACUGGCUCGACAAGCAUUCCAAGUGGACAGUAUGAGUAGGCUUAUAUUCCCCUUGGCCUUCUCGGCUUUCAACGGGCUUUACUGGGGAUUCUUUUUGUACGUUAGGGAUAGGACAGAAUACGUUUUACCUGAAUAG